UAUUGCCAUGGUGAAGAGUACCAUACAGAGAGCAGCAGAGGUUCUGACUUGUCUGACAUUAUGGAAGAAGAUGAAGAAGAGCUGUACUCCGAAAUGCAGCUGGAGGAUGGAGGAAGGCGACGAGUCAGUGUGACUUCACACAAUGCACUUAAGGAGUGCGAUAAGACCACUGAAGCCACUUUUUUGGAACAGCCUGACUUUUCACAGCAGAUACAUCACAGUAAAAAGCUUUUCAGUAUUCCAGAAGUAGCUGAAGAGGAUGGUGAAUACUCUGAACUGCUGUACAAGCAGGGUUUAGGUAUGCCCUAUAAAAAGAAUCCCACAAUAGCUAGAGACUCUAGACCACCUAGGCCCUACAAUCAAGACCAACAGCACAACGUCUGGUACCCAGCGAAGCACAGAAUUUCAGGCGUGGAGGAUUUUGCUGCAGACGACAAAGGAUGUAAAUAUAGCCGAUCCUUAUCGAGAAGCCCAGACAGUGGACUAGACUGUGGAAGUGAAGAAGAAGAAUCUCGUUUUAAUUUCAGAUAUACUUGUGAUUCAGUUUCUGCCAAUGUUGCAUCUAGCUGUUGUGCAGAGACUGCUAACUGUUCCUGCAGGAAAAGCAUGAGGCCAUUGCUUGCUCGCAGGAAAACUUUAACCAGACAAACCAGCAUUGAAGAAGAUUUUGGUGACCUGGGUCCUUCCUUUGUAGAACACAGGAGUGAACAGGUCAAGCCCAGUUACGAGAAAAAGUAUGAGACUCAGAAAUGUAAUAGAACAGAUAAUUUGUCUAAUGAAGAUGUUCAGGGAGGCUGGAAGACUGACUUAAAAAUGGCUGACUCUAGGGCAGCUGGUCUACUUGCAAAGCCAUCCCACAGAGAUGCAGAAGACUCUCUGCUUUUAGGUAAUCCAUCAUCUGCAGGACGGCCUGAAAGGGCGGAGCAUGCAGGGCGAAGGUCCUCUCAUGGCAGUGCAGUGUCACAAAGGUCUCGACCAAUGUUGGUCCCUUCCAUUGAUGGCUAUGGUGGUCAUGACCGUCUUUCUCCAGAUAUUUAUGAAGAAUCAGAAACAGAUCCUGGCACAGAGGAUAUUUCUACUCGAAUAUUUGUUGCACUAUUUGACUACGAUCCACUGACAAUGUCCCCAAAUCCUGAUGCUGCAGAAGAAGAGCUGCCAUUUAAAGAAGGACAGAUCAUUAAGGUUUAUGGGGACAAAGAUGCUGAUGGAUUCUAUCGUGGAGAAACUUGUACGAGAAUUGGCCUUAUCCCAUGUAAUAUGGUCUCUGAGAUCCAAGCAGAUGAUGAAGAGAUGAUGGAUCAGCUUCUAAAACAAGGCUUUCUUCCUUUGAACACACCAGUUGAGAAAAUUGAAAGAAACAGACGGAGUGGCAGACAACAUUCAGUGUCUACAAGAAGGAUGGUGGCGCUGUACGAUUACGAUCCAAGAGAAAGUUCUCCUAAUGUUGAUGUAGAGGCUGAGCUGACAUUCUGCACGGGGGACAUCAUCACCGUCUUUGGUGAAAUCGAUGAGGAUGGAUUUUACUAUGGUGAGCUUAAUGGACACAAGGGGCUGGUUCCUUCCAACUUUCUUGAAGAAGUGCCUGAUGAUGUUGAAGUCUAUCUCUCUGAUGCACCCUCACGAUAUGUUCACGAUACACCGACGCGUACAAAAGCAAAAAGGAAGAAGAGUGUUCAUUUCACACCUUAAUAAGGCAAUGUAGCCUUCACGUAAGUGAGCAACUGAAGAUACCAAUAGAGAUUUCAAUUAAAGCUACCUGGCUAUCUAAUGCAAGUCUUGAAACUUAAUUGUGGGGGAAAAAAA